AUGAGGAACGCGAGCAAGGAGGUGCACGGCGCCGCCAGCCGCUACGCCCCCUGCGACUGGUAUUACCACCUCCCCGUGAGGCGCUCGGAGAAGGCUGUGGACGCCCCGCCCGUGUCCCAGAUCCCAGGCCUCAGCGAGCUUCGGGGGGACCCGCCCAGCAGGCACACGCUGGCCACGCGGAGGUACUGGAUCAAGGACACGGACUCGGAGUACGUCAAGCUGGCCAAGCAAGGCGGCCGGCCCGAUCUGCUGAUGCACUUGGCCCCCGGGACCAGGAAAGGUUCCCCGGUAACCUACUCCCUGCCGGACUGGUACGUGCACCACAGCAAGCCGUCCGCGGCCAGCCAGAGGCAGGUGCUUGCUGCCUACAUGCCCGACUACAUGGUUCAUGAAGAGUUUAACCCCGACUUGUCCAGCGGGAACUAUGAGUCCAGAAGGGGGCCGUUCGACUUUGACAUGAAGACGGUUUGGCAGAGGGAGGCCGAGGAGCUCGAUGAGAAGAAAAAGGUGAGGCUCCCCGCCAUUAACUCCAGGAACCCAAGCAAAGCGGGGACCCCACCAGGCCCCAGAGACCCUGCAGGAAGUAGACUCUCCUUCCCCCCCAUGCCUGGUUACAAAACCAGUUCACCCACAAACUUCUCCAAGCUCAUCAGCAACGGCUACAGGGACGAGUGGCUGCAGCAGCGAGCCGAAGCCGACAAGAGUGCCCCAGAGCCGCCCACGGCGUCCCCGCCUGCCCCGUCCCCGAAGGACCUGGAGGGGCAGGAGGCCCAGCGGCAGCCGGAGGCGGCGGCUCCUGAGGCUCCUGAGGGCUCUGCGGAGGCUCCAGGUCCAGCCACACCUCCGUCCACACCAGCGCCCGCGGAGCUCCAGUAGCCCCGACAUGGGCUGCACCCAGGA